GCCAUCCAUUCCAACCUGGGGCUGAACCGCCGAACUAUGCCGUUGUCGUCUUUCUCCUUCCUCCGCCACCACCUGCCGCUCCCUCUUCAGCUCCCGCCAACUUCAAAUCGUCAGCCACCACACCCCCGCCUCUUCCACCUCCUCCUCCCUCCGUUCACACCGCGCCGCACCUUCGUCUGCCAGCCGCUCACCGCGGCCACGGACGAUAUGGCUGCUGCGGCCGCGGCGGCGUCGCCCCCCACACUGCUCGAGCACAUGGGCCAGGCGGGCACGGCCGCUGACCUCACUGUCCUUGUGGCCCAUAUCCAGAGCGCGUGCAAGCGCAUCGCGGCUCUCGUGGCGUCCCCCGGCAACGCCGAGCUGUCGCGGGCCAAGGCGAGGGGUGGGGCUAUGGCGGCAGGGCGUGACGCGCCUAAGCCGCUCGACGAAUUGUCGAAUGAUAUCAUCUUGUCAGCGCUCCAAAGUUCUGGAAAGGUUGCAGCGCUAGCAUCUGAAGAAAACGAUCUGCCCAUUUGGAUAUCUGAUGGCGGUCCAUAUGUUGUUGUUACUGAUCCGCUUGAUGGUUCUCGCAACAUUGAGGUCUCCAUACCUACCGGAACAAUAUUUGGGAUCUACAAUAGGCUGGUGGAGGUCGACCAUCUCCCUUUGGAGGAGAGAGCUCAGCUCAACUCACUGCAAAGUGGAACUCGCCUUGUUGCUGCUGGAUAUGUCCUGUACUCAUCUGCCACCAUCUUGUGUAUCAGCUUUGGUGCAGGUACCCAUGCCUUCACAUUGGAUUGGUCGACUGGAGAAUUCAUCCUUACACAUCCUUCCAUCCAAAUACCACCUAGAGGGCAGAUAUAUUCAGUGAACGACGCUAGGUAUUUUGACUGGCCCGAGGGCUUAAGGAAGUACAUUGACACAAUCAGACAAGGCAAAGGACAGCAUCCGAAGAAGUACUCAGCUCGCUACGUGUGCUCACUGGUGGCUGAUUUCCACCGGACGCUCAUAUAUGGCGGGGUCGCUAUGAACCCAAGGGACCAUCUGCGGCUGGUUUAUGAGGCGAACCCUCUCAGUUUCCUUGCUGAACAGGCUGGGGGUAGAGGGUCAGAUGGCAAGAACAGAAUCCUCACCAUUCAGCCUGUGAAGUUGCACCAGAGGCUGCCUUUGUUCUUAGGAAGCAUGGAUGACAUGCUUGAGUUGGAAAGCUACGGAGAUGUGCAGCAGAAGGUCAAUCCUGGAUAUGAAGUUUAACGAUAUGUAAAAAAAGGUUCAGAUUUUUUCAAGCGCCCAAGCAGAAAAUAAGGUAACACUCGUGUGGCAACCCUGUAUCUGCCGAUACUAUACCUUGUCUUUUCCUCUCGGUUUUUAGCCCACCGCAACUUGAUUGGGACUAAAUCCAGUUGUUGUUAUUGUUGUUCACUCUUUUCUGCCAAAAAUUGCUGUACUUCUCAGUGAAUGUAAGUUUUAUGAUUGGCAGCUUCCUCAACCCUGCACGCUUAUAUGUGAAUAAUAGAAAGCUUCUAAAGUCUAAGGC